UUUUUCACCUUUGAGCAGUACAAGAAAUUGCUAGGAUAUGUGUCACUGUCACCAGCAUUGACCUUUGCCAUUGCUGGAUUGGGAUCUGGACUAACAGAAGCCAUUGUGGUCAACCCUUUUGAGGUAGUAAAAGUUGGCUUGCAAGCCAAUCGGAACAAAUUUACAGAGCAACCAUCCACCGUGAGUUAUGCAAGACACAUCAUUAAGAAGGAAGGCUUGGGACUCCAGGGCCUCAACAAAGGAUUUACAGCAACUUUGGGACGUCACGGAGUUUUCAACAUGGUUUAUUUCGGCUUCUACUACAAUGUCAAAAACAUUAUUCCUGUCAAUAAGGAUCCAACCUUGGAGUUUCUGAGAAAAUCUGGGGUUGGUCUUCUCUCCGGCACAAUAGCCUCAGUCAUUAACAUCCCUUUUGAUGUUGCCAAAAGUAGGAUUCAAGGGCCUCAGCCAGUUCCUGGAGAGAUCAAGUACAGAACCUGUUUUAAAACAAUGGCCACGGUCUAUCAGGAAGAAGGCAUUUCAGCUUUGUAUAAAGGCCUGCUUCCCAAGAUUAUGAGGCUUGGACCAGGUGGUGCAGUGAUGCUGCUGGUUUAUGAAUACACCUAUUCAUGGCUUCAGGAGAACUGGUGAUUGCCUACAGAGUAUUUUUCCCCCUUGUGAUAAUGGAUAUUCAUUAUACGGCACCAUGAGAAGGAGAGAGUAUCGAUCAGCUGAGCUGAUACAAUGAUAAAUUAUAAUUAUACAAUUAUACACAAUUAUAGAAGGCAAAAGAGUUUGUUCAAGAACAAAACCUAUUUUGAUACUAGUUAUCUCUAGACAAUUAGAAACCGUCGUUUUGGUCAUAUCCAUAAAACUGUGAGAAGAAAAUUACUACUAUGAAGCAAUGAGGUAUAUAAACUGAAUAUAGAAAAAUAGCAUGAAAUCAGAUAUAUCUCAUAAAAGCAAUAUAAAUUUUAUGAUCUGUGUUCCUCUUACAAGGCUUCACAAGGAAAAUUCAUUGUGUUGAUGAUUAUUUUCCCCCAAAAGGUCAAGAAGUGCUUAAAAGUGAAAAAAAAUUAAGCCAAAAUUUAAAGUUUUUAUAAGGAAUUAAAUUCUUCCAUAAGUGGUAUUUAAUGAUAUACAAGGAAAAUAUUUCUAAAGUGUAUCAAAAUGACCUUUUAAAAUUUUAUGUUAAAAUGUGAGUUUGUUGGUUUCUUUUUGUAAUAAUACUCAUCUCAGAUAUAUUUUCCUAAAUCUACUUUAUACUUUUCACUGUUGGUUAAUAUUUUAAAAUCAUGAUAUUUGAAGUCUUUUAUGACAAAUAUGACACAUGAAAUUAUAUUAAACUACUUUCCCUUUGAAAACAAAUUUUAAUGCUGAAAUAUUUUCGUGCUAAAUCACAAAUUCGAACCACUCCUUGGGCCCAUUUGUGCUAUCUGUACUUGCAUCAAAUACCUUUGUUCAGAACUCUUACCUAUGCCAUUCUUAAAAAUGAUGUUUAGAAUAAAACUAAAUUUCUAGAUUAUUAGUUUUAAGUGACGGUUUCAGGUGUGGAGUCAACUAACUGCAGUGUUAGAAUAUGUAUUAUGAAGGGGAAAAUGUUUCAAAGGAGAAGUACAUUCUUAGCAUUUCCAAAGAUUCCUGUACUAACAUGCACUCCAAAAACUAUCUCCUUGGCGUUGAUAUAACCAAACUUAACUUAAUUUUAUAUAUGCAUCCUGAAAUGAUGCUGCUUCAGCAGCUAGAGUCAACAAAAAUACCUGCAUGUUCUAGAUGGCACCUGUUCUUAACUACUACAAGAUAUUUCUACCAUGAAGCUGUGUCACUAAAACAUUUUGAAAAUAAAAAAUGAAAGAUAA